AUGGGUUUCUUCAAGACUUUUGCUGUCCUCGCAGCUGCCUCGUUGGCCAACGCUGCCGAGAUCUUCUCCGCUGAGCGUGAUGCCAUUCCCAACCAAUACAUCGUUGUGAUGAAGGAUGAGGUUUCCUCCCAGUCAUUCGGCUCUCAUCGCGCCUGGGUCGCCGAUAUGCACCACUCCAACUUGGAAAAACGAGCACUCGUGGGCCACGGCAUCAAGAAGACCUUCGAAUUUGAAAACAUGAAGGGCUACAGCGGUGUCUUCGAUGAAGAGACCAUCAAAGAGAUUUCCGAGAACCCUGAUGUCGCAUUCAUCGAGGAAGAUCAGGUUGUGAAGAUCGCCGACAUUAUCGAACAACCAAAUGCCCCAACCUGGGGUCUUGGUCGUGUCUCAAACAGACAAGUAGGCAUCAACGACUAUUUCUACGACAGAAGUGCCGGUGCCGGCAUCUGGGCGUAUGAUGUUGACACUGGUGUCGAUAUCCGCCACCCCGAUUUUGAGGGACGUGCAGUUUGGGGAUCCAACCACGUUGACAGGAGCAACACUGAUGGCCACGGCCACGGCACCCACGUUGGUGGAACCAUUGGCUCAAGGACCUAUGGUGUCGCCAAGAGGGCCAGAAUCAUUGCCGUUAAGGUCCUCGACAGCCGUGGAUCUGGAAGCAACUCUGGCGUUAUUGCUGGUAUUGAUUGGUCUGUUAACCACGCCCGCCAGAACAACAUGCAGACUCGCUCUGUCAUGAACUUGUCUCUGGGAGGUGGCCGCAGUGCUGCUAGCAACAUGGCUGUUGCCAAUGCCCAGCGCGCUGGUCUCCAUGUCGCUGUUGCUGCUGGAAAUGACAACAGAGAUGCCAGCAACUCUUCCCCAGCCUCCGAGCCAACCGUCUGCACCGUCGCAUCAUCUGACAUCAGAGACAACAAGUCCUCCUUCUCCAACUGGGGAUCUCUCAUCGACAUCUACGCUCCCGGAAGCAGCAUCACCUCCUUGGCCCCCGGUGGUCGCACCCGUGUCUUGUCCGGAACUUCCAUGGCUGCUCCUCAUGUCGCUGGUGUUGGUGCCUACAUCAUGGCUCUUGAGAACAUCCCCGGAAACCGCGUCUGCGACCGCCUCAAGCAGCUCUCCCACGCCGCCAUCCGCAACCCUGGUUCCCGAACCACCAACAGGCUGCUCUACAACGGCAGUGGCCACUAA